AUGGCAGGGCCCUAUGAUCAACAGUGGGAAGAUACCCGUAUUUACGGGUAUAGUCUAGAAGGUCCUAUCCAGACAUUUCCUCACCUAAUUCCCGAUCUCAGCUGGAGCGCAUCUGCAGAAUUCGAAGGUUCCAUGCCCAAUGGGGUACCUGUCACCUCUUACCUGUCGCCUCGCCCCCAAGUAAAUUCCUUGGCAGUGCAGGGGGGUUCUACUCGUGCCAUGUCAACUAGCGUGCCCCACCAGCAAAGCGCCUCCAAUUCUAGAAUUGCUGCCCAUUCAAAUCUCUCCCAGCAACCGGCCCCUAGAAAACGGCAAAUCAGCGGUUCGCCUUCGCACAGCCCCGACGAUCUAGAGUUCCAAUGCAAAUGGGAAGGCUGUGGCUACAGGGGCACGUUCAAACGAGAAUCCUCCCUCAUCCGUCACAUUCGGAAAAUACACGUCAGCCCUCUCGCUCAUCCAUGUCCAGUGCAAGGCUGCGAGAAGGCCUUUAAUCGUGCGGACAAUCUCGUUCAGCACACACGAAACAAUCACUAUACUUACUAA